AUGUGUGACAACGAAUGGAAAGAUGGGUUUGACAUGUCUGGCAUGAGCUCUGUUCUCAAGAGCUCUGUCCUUAAAGACUCUGAUACUGAUUCUCGAAACCAAAGUCACGCCCAGAUCAACGAGGAUGCCUCUGCCCGUGCUCGGGAUCAUGGUUACGGCGCUCGCGUAGAGUACAACUACUCUCAGAAUGAGAACCAUCGCAAAGUUGCUAAAUAUAAGCGCUGCGACUGGGUAGCAACUGGUGAUCUCGGCAUCUUCGCCCCACGUCACCCAGAGCUGGAGAAGGAAUUGUUUCCCGACGAGCGCACCUAUGGGAAAGGCCAGAAUAUCGAUAUCCUCGAAAACGUGAAGAUUGAUAUUAUCGGCGAGAAUCCGGUUAAGCCAAUCGAGACCUUCGAAGAGAUGGGGCUGCAUCCGGUCAUGAUGGAGACGCUCCGCCUCAUGCACUACAUCGAGCCUACUGCAAUUCAGAAGCAUGUCAUCCCAGCUGUCCUACAGCUCCGUGAUCUUGUCGUCUCUGCUCAGACUGGCUCCGGAAAGACAGUUGCUUACCUUUGUCCUAUCUUUUCUCACUUGAUGGGUAGAGCCCACAGCAUCUGCGCGCCGAAGUGGAACCCGUCUCAGUACGAUCCCCGAGUUGACAUCUUUCGCGCUGAACCUUUGGUACUCAUCAUCCUGCCAACACGCGAGUUGGCUUGGCAAGUCUUCGAUGAAUGUCGUUGUUUGUGUUAUCGUGCCGGACUUCGACCUUGCAUUGUAUAUGGCGGCGCUCCAAUGGUUGAGCAGCGCGAGGAGCUCCUCAAAGGAUGCGACAUCCUAGUCUCCACUCCUGGUCGUCUGAGGGACUUUUUGAAGGACCCUCGCGUUCUUUCUCUGCACCGUGUUCGAUUUACUGUCAUUGACGAAGCAGACGAGCUGAUGCAUGAGGAUUGGGCUGAUGAUCUUGAGACCGUUCUUAGUGGUGCGAACUUGAACGAAGACUCUGAUCAUAUCUUCAUGAUGUUCUCGGCCACCUUCCCCUCAAAAUAUCGUGGAAUCGCCAAGAAAUUCAUGGCAUCAGAUUACCUUCGUAUCAAGGCUGGUCGCUGCGGAUCAGCUCAUGCCAACAUAACUCAAAAAGUGAUUUGGGUUGAUAAUGACCGCAAGACUGAGGCGGUAUCGGAUGCUCUAUUUGCGCACCCUCCUGGUCGUACGAUCAUCUUCGUGAAUUCUAAGUCGGUCGCAGACAAGCUCGAUGACUUUCUGUUCAAUCUGCACUUGCCAUGUGCUGCUCUGCACUCAGAUCGGACUCAAAAUGAACGUGAAGAUGCGAUAUCUGGCUUCCGUAGUGGCGCAACUCCAAUUCUGAUUACUACGGGUGUGGCUGCCCGCGGUAUCGACGUUGCAAACGUCUUGCAUGUCAUCAAUUAUGACCUCCCGUCAACUUCCCACGGAGGUAUUGACGAGUAUGUUCAUCGUAUAGGCCGCACUGGCCGCCUUGGGCAUCUGGGUCUCGCCACUUCGUUCUAUAACGAGCGCAACGACGACCUCGCUCCUGACUUAGUCAAGAUUUUAAUGGAGACGAAUCAAGAGAUUCCAGACUUCCUCGAGGAUUUCAAACCUACGGAUGGCAGCGUGAUUUUCGACGAGGGAGACUCUGAUGUCGAGGAUGCCCAAGUUCACGUUGGCGACGCUAAGGAAGACGGUUAUACCUGGGACACCGCUACCAGAAACGACAAAGGCCUCGAAAAUUCUGGUGAAUUUAAGUUCGAUGAGCCUGGUGAGACAGGGGGUAAAAUUCCCCCAAGCGUAUGGUAA